GUUAUUUCAAAAUUGUGCGCAAGAUGACGUAAUAUAUCUUGAUUGGACCAACGUUAUAAUGUGAACGGUUUCUAUUCAGCACAGUUUACAUUUGUUUGAGAAAGUGAGUGGAUAUAGUUAUAUCAGUUAGUUUUAAAUAGAUAUAUAAGUGUGGAACACUUUAUCUUGCUUAAGAAACCUAUAAAAGAACUCAAGAGUGUUAUCUGAGUAAGUAAAGCAAAAACCUAUAAAGUAGUAAAUGUAUUUUUAUGGAAGGCUAAAGUAUGGAUCAAUUUUGUGGUACUGAAUUUUGGAACUAUAAUUUAAUAUGGAAUACAGAUGACCCAGAGAUUACAGAAUGUUUUCAGAAAACUGUGUUAGUAUGGGUACCAUGUGCAUUUUUAUGGUUAUUCUCUGGAAUAGAAAUUUAUUAUUUUUUAAACAGCAAAAAUAAAAAUAUUCCAUAUACAUGGUUAUUUAUUUCUAAACAAAUACUCAUAAUAACUCUGAUUUUACUUAAUAUUGUUGAUUUAGGAAUAGCUAUACAUAAAAGUACUUAUGAAAAAGUUUAUAAUGUUGAUUAUUGUACACCAAUUAUAAGAAUUGUUACUUUUCUUAAAACAAGUAUUUUAGUAACAUAUAAUAGGAAAUAUGGAAUGAGAACUUCUGGAUUAUUAUUUUUAUUUUGGUUUUUACUUGCUUUAUGUGGAAUUAUUGAAUAUAGAAGUUUAUUAAAAUUGUAUAUAAAUAAGAAUGAGAUCUCUUAUUCAUUUAUAUCAUAUAUGAUAUAUUAUCCAAUAGUGAUAUUUUUAUUCUUAUUGAACUUCUUGGUUGAUGCUGAACCUAAAUAUUCUAAAUAUCCCAGGGCUGAAAAACCAUGUCCAGAACAAAAAUCUUCCUUUCCAGGAAAAAUCUUUUUUAGUUGGUUUGAUUCAAUGGCAUGGAAAGGUUUUAAAAAACCUUUAGAAAUUACAGAUCUGUGGUCCAUAAAUCCAGAAGAUACAGCUAAAGAAAUUGUUCCAAAAUUUGAGAAAUAUUGGAAGAAAAAUUCACAAAAAAGAAACAAAGUAUUUUGGACUUACUUUAGUGUACAAAAUACUAAAGCAUCAUUCAGAAAAGGAUCUGGCCAAGUAAAUUUCAAUAAUGAAUAUAAAAAGAAAACAUCAUCAGUUUUGCCUCCUCUUUGCAAAGCUUUUGGUGCCACAUUUUUAUUUGGUGCAGUACUUAAAUUUGUACAAGAUAUUAUAACUUUUGUUAGUCCACAAAUAUUACAGUUACUUAUCGAUUUUAUUAAAGGACAUGAACCACUAUGGAAAGGCUAUUUUUAUGCAGUUUUAUUGUUAAUUACAGCCAUAUUUCAAACAUUAGUCUUAUCUCAGUAUUUUCAUCGUAUGUUUUUAGUUGGAUUACGAAUACGUACUGCUUUAAUUGCAGCAAUUUAUCGGAAAGCAUUGAGAAUGUCUAAUGCUGCAAGAAAAGAGUCAACAGUUGGUGAAAUAGUAAACCUAAUGUCCGUGGAUGCACAAAGAUUUAUGGAUUUAACAGCAUAUAUAAAUAUGAUUUGGUCUGCUCCAUUGCAAAUAGUCUUAGCAUUAUAUUUUUUAUGGGAUAUUUUGGGACCAGCUGUACUUGCUGGAUUAGCUGUUUUACUUAUUCUUAUCCCAAUAAAUGUCUUAAUUACUAAUAGAGUUAAAACAUUGCAAAUUAGACAAAUGAAACAUAAAGAUGAAAGAGUUAAAUUAAUGAAUGAAGUACUUAAUGGUAUAAAAGUAUUAAAACUAUAUGCAUGGGAACCUUCAUUUGAGGAACAAAUACUAAAAAUACGAACAAAAGAAAUUAAAGUACUUAAGGAAACGGCAUAUCUUAAUUCUGGAACAAGUUUUAUUUGGUCCUUUGCACCCUUUUUAGUUUCAUUGGUAUCCUUUGCAACAUAUGUACUUAUAGAUGAAAAUAAUCGUUUAGACAGUACAAAAGCUUUUGUUUCACUCAGUCUUUUUAAUAUCUUAAGGUUUCCUCUUUCUAUAUUACCUAUGAUGAUUGGUAACAUGGUUCAAGCUUAUGUUUCUGUGAAACGUAUUAAUAAAUUCAUGAAUACAGAAGAGUUAGAUCCAAAUAAUGUUCAACAUGAUUCAUCUGAAUCAUAUACAUUACUAAUUGAAAAUGGCACCUUCAUAUGGGAUAUGGAAAAUAUUGAUAGACCAACAUUAAGAAAUAUCAAUCUCCAAGUGGAACAGGGUCAACUAGUAGCUGUUGUUGGCACUGUAGGAUCUGGAAAAAGCUCUCUUUUAUCAGCUCUUCUUGGAGAAAUGGAGAAAAUAAAUGGCAGAGUUAAUACAAAAGGUUCUAUUGCAUAUGUAUCUCAACAAGCAUGGAUUCAAAAUGCAUCAUUACAAGAUAAUGUUUUAUUUGGAAAAUCAUUGCACAAAAAUUUAUACAAUCGUGUAAUUGAAGCAUGUGCAUUAACUCCAGAUUUAAAAGUGUUGCCUGCAGGUGAUCAAACUGAAAUUGGAGAAAAAGGAAUAAAUUUAUCUGGUGGACAAAAACAAAGAGUAUCAUUGGCCAGAGCAGUAUACAAUGAUUCCGAUAUUUAUUUUUUGGAUGAUCCAUUAAGUGCAGUAGAUUCACAUGUUGGAAAACAUAUAUUUGAAAAUGUAAUUGGCUCUAGUGGUUUGCUUAAGAAGAAAACAAGAAUACUCGUCACACAUGGUAUCACUUAUUUGCCAGAAGUAGAUAACAUUAUUGUUCUUAAAGAUGGUGAAAUAACAGAAGUUGGAACUUACAAACAACUUUUAGAGAAAAGGGGAGCCUUUUCUGAGUUUUUAGUGCAACAUCUUCAGGAAGUUGGAAAUCUACAUGCUGAUGGUGAAUCAGAAGCAGAUCUACAUGAAAUUAAACAACAUUUGGAAUCUACAAUUGGAUCAAAUGAAUUACAACAGAAAUUAACAAGAGGUAAAUCAAGAAUGUCAGAAAGUCAAAGUGAAUCUGGUUCCAUAGCUGAUAGAAAAUCUUUAAAUGGUUCAUUAAAAAGACAAUAUUCUACAAGUAGUCAACAAUCUGGUACUUAUGAAAAUAGUAAUAUAAAAGAAGCAAAAUUAUUAUCUCCAAAAUCAGGAGGAAAAUUAAUAGAAGUAGAAAAAACUGAAACUGGAAGUGUUAAGUGGCGAGUCUAUUCUCACUAUUUUAAAUCCAUUGGUUGGUUUUUAUCAAUAUCAACUAUUAUAAUGAACGCUAUUUUUCAAGGAUUUAGUAUUGGUUCAAAUACUUGGCUUAGUAUGUGGUCAGAUGAUAAUUUAACAGAUGUUAAUAAUACGGUUGAUCACAUUAAGCAAAACAUGUAUCUUGGAGUAUAUGGUGGACUUGGUCUUGGCCAAGGCAUGACAGUGCUUGGAGGGGCAUUAUUCUUGGCAAAAGGAACAAUACGCGCUUCCGUGCAUCUCUUCGAGAGUACGUUGCAACGUGUUCUCCGGAAUCCAAUGUCAUUCUUUGACCAAACUCCAACUGGUCGAAUUCUUAAUCGACUCUCUAAAGAUACUGAUGUCAUUGAUAAUACGCUGCCAUCCAUACUGCGUUCUUGGAUUACUUGCCUCUUUGGGGUUAUAGCCACUUUAGUGGUUAUAAGUUUUAGUACACCAAUAUUUAUUUCAGUCAUAAUACCAAUAAGUGUAAUAUAUUAUUUCGUUCAACGGUUAUAUGUUGCAUCUUCAAGACAGCUAAAACGUUUAGAAUCUGUUUCAAGAUCUCCUAUAUAUUCGCAUUUCAGUGAAACAGUUUCUGGAGCACAAAUGAUUAGAGCAUUUGGAGUACAAGAACGAUUUAUUAAUGAAUCCGAAAGUAAAGUAGAUUUUAAUCAAGUAUGUUAUUAUCCUAGUAUAAUUGCAAACAGAUGGUUAGCUGUACGUUUAGAAAUGGUUGGAAAUUUAAUUAUUUUUUUUGCUGCAUUGUUUGCUGUAUUAAAUAAAGACACUGUAAGCUCUGGUUUAGUUGGAUUAUCUGUUAGUUAUGCAUUACAAGUUACUCAAACAUUGAAUUGGUUAGUACGAAUGACUUCUGAUGUUGAAACUAACAUUGUAGCUGUAGAAAGAAUAAAAGAAUAUGGAGAAACCCCUCAAGAAGCAUCAUGGAAAAAUCCAGAUUAUAUACCACCUAAAGAAUGGCCUGUACAAGGACGAGUAGAAUUUAAAGAUUAUAAAGUUCGUUAUAGGGAAGACUUAGAACUUGUACUUCGUGGAUUAUCGUUUUCUAUUAAGGGAGGAGAAAAAGUUGGUAUUGUUGGUAGAACUGGUGCUGGAAAAUCAUCUUUAACAUUGGCUUUAUUCAGAAUAAUAGAAGCAGCUGAUGGACAAAUUUUUAUUGAUGAUAUUGAUAUUGCUAAGUUAGGACUCCAUGAUUUAAGAUCUAGAUUAACUAUUAUUCCUCAAGAUCCUGUAUUAUUCUCAGGAAGUUUAAGAAUAAAUUUAGAUCCUUUUAAUUGUUACACUGAUGAUGAAGUUUGGAGAGCUUUAGAACAUGCUCAUCUUAAAUCUUUUAUAAAAACUUUACCAAAUGGUCUUUUAUAUGAAGUAUCAGAGGGUGGAGAAAAUUUAAGUAUAGGUCAACGGCAAUUAAUAUGUUUAGCAAGAGCAUUGCUUCGAAAAACAAAAGUAUUAAUUCUCGAUGAAGCUACAGCUUCAGUUGAUUUAGAAACGGACGAUUUAAUCCAACAAACAAUUAGACAAGAGUUUAAAGAUUGCACAAUUCUCACAAUAGCUCAUAGGCUUAAUACAAUUCUUGAUUCAGACAGGAUCAUUGUCUUGGAUAAUGGACGUAUUGUGGAAUAUGAUUCUCCAGAAUCAUUACUACGUAAUUCAUCUAGUUUAUUCAGUAGUAUAGCUAAAGACGCAGGCCUUGCUACAUAAAUAAAAUCCAUAUCGUAAAUACUGUACAAGCAAUGAAAUAAUAAUUUUAAAUCUAUGAUAUAAUAAAAAAGAAAUAUAGUAAAUCAUUAUAUAGACAAAUAUAAAGUAUGCUUAAAUUUGGAAGAAUGAAAAAUUUUGUAGAGCAACAUUUUUCAGUCAAAUCAUACAUAAUUUUUAAAUAAUGCCAAGCACAGCCUAUUUGUAAAGUAGUACGGAUAUCCGUUACUUAAAGUACUGCCAUUUUAGCAGCACAUCUUGUGCUUAAUAGAAAAUGUUUUUAAAUGUACAUAUAUAUUGUUUUAGUAAUUUUACUUUAACAAGCCUAUAAUCUUGGGCAAACAAUAUAAGAAAUGUAAGCAAUGUACAAAAUACAGCAGUAUUGUUUAGUUUCUUUUAUUUCCAUUAAAUUUUAUUAAGAUUCAUACUGUCUUAUUUUUAUUUUUCAAGAAUAAUUAUGUAUAAAUAUAUAAUGUGAUUUAUUUUUUGCUGUUAAUUUUUCUUUGUUAAAAUUAUUUCGCUCUGUACUGUUUGACAAAUAUGAUAAAUUUCCAAGUUAUGUAAAUAGUAUUCUCUAAUAUUUAUAAACGUAAAAAAAA